GGACUAAAAAAGGGGGACGGUUCAGAGCGAAGAGGAGGGAGGAGAGAGGCAGGAUUCACAGAGACGAGUUGCAGCGAUCAGACUUUCCUCAGAGACUCGGAGGCUGCAGAGGAACCUGAAAGAUGCAGCUCCGUCGUGCUUCUUUGUGAGCUUCUUCCUGAGGAACUCGAGCGGCUUUUGUUCAUUCAGAGAAGAUGCCGGUGAUGAAAGGUCUCCUGGCGCCACAGAACACCUUCCUGGACUCCAUCGCAAACCACUUCGACGGAACUCACAGCAACUUCCUGCUGGGAAACGCUCAGGGUCGCUAUGGUUACCCCAUCGUCUACUGCUCGGACGGGUUCUGCGAGCUGACCGGCUUCGUCCGGACCGAGGUGAUGCAGAAAACCUGCACCUGCAGCUUCCUGCACGGAGCCGAGACCGGCGACAGCGUGGUCCAACAGGUGGACAAAGCUCUGGAGGGGCAGCAAGAGUACCAGGGGGAGGUCUGCUUCUACCGCAAGAACGGGAAUCCCUUCUGGUGCCUCCUGGAUAUCGUCCCGAUUAAAAAUGAGAAAGGCGAGGUGGUUCUGUUCCUGCUGUCCUUCAAAGACGUCACGGACUCUUAUGGGAAGAGUCACCACUACGCUCCAGGAGAAGGUGCGUCUGAAGCUGCUCACCACAGCAGAAAAAUCAACCAAUUGCACUUUUCUCAAGCUCAAGAAAGAGGCAGGACGAUUCUGCAUCACCUGAACAGCCUGUUUACCAAGAGAGGGAAGAAGAAACUGACCGAUAGUGUGUUCCAGAAACCGUCCCUUCCCGAGUACAAGGUGGCGGCCGUGAAGAAGUCACGUUUCAUUCUGCUGCACUACAGCGUCUCCAAGGCCUUGUGGGAUUGGCUGAUCCUGCUGGCGACCUUCUACGUCGCCGUCGUGGUGCCUUACAACGUCUGCUUCGUCAGCCACGAUGAGGCCGAUGACCGCCGCUCGCUCGUCAGCAGAAGCACCAUUGGCAGCGACAUAGCAGUGGAGAUGCUCUUUAUACUCGAUAUUAUCCUGAACUUCCGGACCACCUACGUCAGUCAGUCCGGUCAGGUGGUCUACGACGCUCGAUCCAUCUACCUCCAUUAUUGCACCACCUGGUUCUUUGUGGAUCUGAUCGCAGCGCUGCCCUUCGACCUUCUCUAUGCCUUCAACAUCACCGUGACAUCUCUGGUCCACCUGCUGAAGACGGUCCGGCUGCUUCGCCUGCUGCGUCUGCUGCAGAAACUGGACCGGUACUCCCAGUACAGCGCUGUGGUUCUGACCCUGCUCAUGUCUGUGUUCGCCCUGCUGGCCCACUGGAUGGCCUGCGUCUGGUACGUCAUCGGACGCAAGGAAAUAGAGAGCAGCGACCCCAUCACCUGGGACAUCGGUUGGCUUCAGGAACUGGGGAAGCGUCUGGAGACUCCGUACAUCAACAGCACCAUGGGUGGACCAUCCAUGCCCAGCGCCUACAUCGCAUCGCUCUACUUCACCCUCAGCAGCCUCACCAGCGUCGGCUUCGGCAAUGUCUGCGCCAACACCGACGCCGAAAAGAUCUUCUCCAUCUGCAUCAUGCUCAUGGGCGCCCUGAUGCACGCCGUGGUCUUCGGUAACGUGACCGCCAUCAUCCAGCGAAUGUACUCGCGGCGGUCGUUGUACCACACCAGAAUGAAGGAUCUUAAAGACUUCAUCCGAGUGCAUCGGCUUCCUCAGCAGCUGAAGCAGAGGAUGCUGGAGUAUUUUCAGGCAACCUGGUCAGUCAACAACGGCAUCAACGCCAAUGAGCUGCUGCAUGACUUCCCCGACGAGCUGCGAGCCGACAUCGCCAUGCACCUGAACAAAGACAUCCUGCAGCUGCCGGUGUUCGAGCGAGCCAGCAGGGGGUGUCUGCGCUCGCUGUCGCUGCACAUCAAAACCUCCUUCUGCGCUCCAGGAGAAUUCCUGAUCCGCCACGGAGACGCCCUGCACUCCAACUAUUUCGUCUGCUCGGGUUCCUUGGAGGUUCUGAAGGACGGCAUGGUUCUGGCCAUCCUGGGUAAAGGUGACCUGAUUGGAGCCGACCUCCCAGAACAGGACCAGGUGAUAAAGACCAACGCUGACGUGAAGGCGUUGACCUACUGUGACCUGCAGCACAUCAGUGUCCGGGCUCUGAGGGAGGUUCUGGGCCUUUAUCCAGAGUAUGGAAGCCGGUUCAGCUCCGACAUCCACCACAACCUCACCUACAACCUGAGGGAAGGCAGCGAGAGUGUGACCAGGUUUCCGUGGACUCCGAAGAUGUCUCAGGGUCAAGUGUCACACCAGAAACUGCCCUUCAUCAUCGAGGCCAGCGAUGAAGAACGAGAUGAUGACCUGAAAAGCUCCCAGCAGAGGAGGGUUCCUCUGCUGCAGGCGAUGAACAGCCCCGUCCACCAGCCUCACCUCAGCACCUUACUGGGGGAGGAGCUCCGGCACAUCAGCGCCCUGCACCUGUGUCGGUCACCUGUCCAGGGAGGCCGAGGUCGCAGCCCGUCACCUCAGACUUUCAUCGGAGAGGAACUCUCUCCAUCUCCUUUACCGAGCAUCACCACCGACCAUCGACCUGCCAAGCUGUUAAUGCCUUCCUUACCUUGUGUUAGUCCUUUGACCCUCAGCCCCAGGGUCGUGGAUGGAAUUGAGGACAACAGUGACACAUUUCAGUUUAAUGUAGAGCAGAGUGAGACCAAGACUAAUGUCACAGAUCGGCUGCAGGUUAAUGCCAACCUGCUUCUGGAGACAGAAGAAGUGAGACAGAACAUCAGCAAACUGAACAAAGAGGUGAACAACCUGAACCAUGAAGUGUCCAACCUGGCUAAGGAGCUGCAUGACAUCAUGCACUUCCUGCAGCCCCACAUGGCGAUGCUGCACUCCUCUUCCCCGGUUUCUUCGUAUUCGUACGGCCUGCAGAUGGCCCCCGACCCCAGCGUCACCACCUCCAGCAGCUGGCAGCCCCGUGUCCCGUUGAACAUCUCCGCCGCGCUGCACUCCCACCACGACGCCACCAGCCACCCAGCCAGGACCUCGUGGGGCUGCAGAAGCUCCUCGCUGCUGACCUCCACCAGCCCCAUGUCGUCCGGUUUGCACCUGUGCUGCUCAGACAGAGAAGGAACCUCAUCCCACCGGAUCCAGAGCCCCUGUGGACCCUUCCAGGCCUCCCCUUACAUCCCCCAGGGAGGCCCGCCAGUGCUGGGCAUUGGCUCGGCCUUCAGCGGCCUCCAGGUGGUCUGUCAGGCUCCUCAGAUGGUUUUCAACUCACCUGUCCAUACCAUGAGCAGCUCCCGCCCCUUGUGCUCCACGGUUAACUCCACCCUUCCACCACUGAGCUCUGAGCAAACUUACAAGCAGAACCAGACUCCCAUCCACUCCUUCGUCACUCCCACAGGUCUGGCUCAGUGCCACACCGCAUUCAGCUCUCUGUCGCCCCCCAGAGGCCACAGCUCGGUCUGCAGCCAGAGCUCAAUCAGACGACGGGUAGGCUCCAGCCCGGUUCAACAAACGCUGGAGCAGCUAAUGAGCUCUCGAGCCGUUCUGGAUCAGAACAGGACAGAAAGUUGUGAAUCAGCUGGCUGCAACAUUCUGGACAUGGAGGAGAUGCCGCACUGAUUGUAUUAUUUUGUGAAGACGAAGAGUUCAUGUUUAAAAAUUGCAGUUAAUAAAAAUACACCAUGCAGCCACGACCCAAUAAAACAGUUGUGAUAUUA